AUGGGUAAAUUUCUCAGGCAUGUGGCUGUUCUUGGAUUUUGUCUGAUUCUGCUGGAGGUGGUUCAGAAGACUGUAUUUCUCCAUCAUUUGUUAACAUUUGAAAAUCAGCGAGAAGAUGGCUGGUUCCCGGGGCAGGGCCAUGCUCUCAACUUGGCAAAAAUCCCUUUGGAUAUAAGCAAGAGUCACUUAUUUGAUUCUUCAAGCAAUAACGGUGAUGUUGUGGCAUCCAAUUAUGCCAGUGACCCUUGUCAAAUCUCACCAUCCUUUGGAGUCGAAGGCAAAAUGGGAUUUCAAGCGCUGACAAAGAUUCAAAUAUCAAGUGAUCCUGAAUCUUCUAUAAAACUACUGUGCAUAGUCAUGACAGACUCCACACAGCAUUCGACUUCGUUGGAGGCCGUGUUGAAAACCUAUGCACCGCAAUGCGACGGAUUCACUGCAGCGUCCAACGAAACUGAUGAUAAAAGACAAGCCAUAAAGCUUUAUUCAUCAAGUGACAAUGAGUGGGAUCGUUUUUCCAAGGUUUGGUCAUACGUCCGAACGCAACACCUUGACAACUACACGGCAACGCAUUUUGGAAAGAUCAAUACCUAUGUCAUUCCAGAAAAUCUGAAAAAGAUGGUAUCGGAAAUUGGUCAAAAUUAUCACUCGGAGCCCAUGAUCCUCGGUGGUGCAGUUGUUCCCUCUAUUCAAGAGCCAAAGGAGAGGUUUUGUGGUGGCGAAGCAGGAUUCACAGUGAAUCGAUUGGCUCUAAAUGCUGAUCUUCAGAAAUGCAAACUAGAGUCACUAGAAUUCGGAUCCGACCGGCUGUUGGGUUUGUGUUUGGAUCAAUUGUUAGACACCAAGUGUCGCAAAACGACAGAUUCUUCUUCUGCCUUGAGAUACUUGGAAUUUGGCGUUGACUAUCACGCCAACUGGAAUCGAAAAGUCAAGGGCCCGAUUAAAAACAAACCACUUUCCAAGCACCAUGGAAUAUUCAUGCAGUCUGGAUUGAACGGAGUAUCAACAUAUACAGCUUCUUUUAAUUUGGACGAAGUCAAUAAAGCUGCAUCAAAGAUUUCCUAUAUGAAUUCCAUUGAGAGGGUCCAUGCAAUACUGAAGGGACAUUGUAAAGAGAAAUGGGAUAUUCCAGUCGUUGCGCAUGAUGAAGACGGUAAUCCGGGUUACAUACAUGAUUCUACCUAUCUGAGGCGUAACAUUCUGCCAUUCACCAAAGGUGACACUUGUGAGCUGCCCUUUGGACAAGGCCCUGAAGGGAAAGCUGGCUAUCGCGGUUUGAAAAAGAUUCAAAUCAUGCCCGUUUCUAGUGAACAAAAAAAGGUGCUCUGUCUGGUGUAUACGCACUCUGGAGCGCACAAUCGGAUUCGGGCGAUAGCAGAAACAUACGGCCCACGUUGUGAUGGUUUCAUGGCAGCAUCCAAUCAUACAGACCUUUCGAUCGGAGCAGUUCACCUUCUUCAUGAGGGUCCUGAAGCUUACAAGAAUAUGUGGCUGAAGGUUCGAGCCAUGUUCGAGUAUGCACACCAACACUAUCGGGGUGAAUACGACUUCUUUCACAUUGGAGGAGAUGAUCACUAUGUGAUUGCAGAAAAUUUGAAGCAUCUGGUCUCAACAGGCUCGUGGAAAGGGGCGUGGAAUCAAUCCGCUCCCCUUUUACUCGGGGGCAAUAUGAUCGACUAUCCACAAACACAGAUUAGGUACUGUGGAGGGGGAUCUGGGUACACUCUCAACCGUGUUGCUUUGAAAAUACUCGUUGAAGACUUGUUUGAUACGCACCCCUGCCGGCCUCACUUCCAAGCUUCGGUAGAAGAUCGAAUUAUCUCUUCAUGCUUCUCUUCGGUGGGUAUACAGUGCAUGGAUACAAAUGAUGAGUUAAAGGAAACAAGAUACCACCAAGCCACAGCGAAUUUUCAUGUGAAGUGGAGAAGAGACACUCCCAGUGUAUGGCGAGCUGAGGAUUUAAUGAGUGUCCAUGGGAUAACCUCCUUGGAAGGAAUGGGUCAGAUUUCAACAAGUACCGUCUCUUUUCACUUAAAAGACGAUGAAGAACCAUCAGCGGACCCUCCACUCCGUCGAUAUCAUGCUAUUCUCUACUCCUGUUGCUCGUCGGAAAGCUGCUAA